CUCUUCGUGUUAUCGACGGACCAUGCAAUAAGAUAAAUCGUAAAUUAGAGUUUGUAAGACCAACUUUACCCAAUUUUUCAAGAUCAUCAUUCAGAAUGGCUGAGAUAAUUCGCCAUCUUCCGGUGGCUACUGGAUUUUACCUGCACACUGACGGCGCUUACAAUAUAAGUGAGGCUGAGAUAAUUAUGAGUGGAGCGAUGUUUUUCAACUACUCUUAUUUCCCGGAUGACCAGAGGGUGACUCUGAACAGGUCAAAUGUUGUCAGAGUUGGUGUCAACUGGCGGCCUCAUAUUCCAGAUCAAAUCGGCUCUCAGCAGUACUGUGUUUGGGGUGUAGACAUGUUUGGGAUUACGACGGACCCAAGAUGUGUAACAAGUCUAGUUGGAGAUGACGACGAUCACUGUGCAACGGGAGCGGUGUCAUGUGAGAAUAAUGGCAAGUGUAUAAACAUAUUCAAAGUUCCAGAGGAGAAAUGUAAAUGUACACCGGGAUAUAAGUCUAAAAAUUGCUCACAAGUGGUGCGAUGCGUUGACAACCCCUGCGAAAACAAUGGAACAUGUACAGACGAGCCAAAUGGAUUUAAGUGUGAUUGUAAAUCAGACUAUACGGGUAUUAUGUGUCAAUCAAAAGUGCAACCCUGUGGUUCAAAUCCAUGCCGCAACGGAGGUAUUUGUUUGGAUAUGCAAAAUGCAUUUAUGUGUCUCUGUGCUUCGACGUAUGCUGGGGAAAUGUGUGAACACUUCCAACCUAAACAAUCAGAGAACGCAGCAGACGACACAUUUCUGUCGUGGAUUUUACCAAUAACGAUUGCAAGUACUGCCGCUGUGGCGUUGGUUACUGGCAGUUGUCUUUUUCUAACAGGCGUUUACAAAAAAACUCCAAAGAAUAAAACACAAGUGAAACCGAAUGACCAUGAAGUUUACCGGGUAUCUAUGUCCGAAAUCACUCCAGUUGAAGAGUGGUAAAUAUUACACGACA